AUGUCUGAGCAUGAUUCGCCCGGCGAGAUAUGGAAGAGUCCUCUGCCGUCGCUCCUAGACAUCAGCGUUGCGAGGCGGGCUGGCCAAAGAGGCCUAGAUGAAGAUAUAGUCGCAAAUCAGGAUGACUCUUUCCAAUCCAUCUCAAUUGCCCCGUCGUUGAGUCAACAUGGCGUCGGAAGACCAUUCGAAGACACGGAAAAAGCGAGGUUAUUCAUGCACUACAUUCAUGAUCUCUCUACAUGGGUAGAUGUGAGCGAUAAACGUCGACAUUUCGGAACAGAAGUGCCCAAAAGAGCAUGUCAUUCACCCCUGCUUGCAUACGCGAUCAUAGCAUUGGCAUCCCGAAGCCUCUGCUCCAUCAAAGGAACCGAUGACUCCAAACCUUCUACCUACUACAGCCACGCCUUGCAAAUCUUGAUCCCGAUCCUGGGCAGCUCUACAGAGGCCCUUAACGAAGAAGUUCUGGCGGCGAUCGUAAUAUUGAGACAAUACGAAGAAAUGACUGAUACUGACUUUGGCGUUCACUUAUCCGGCAGCUCUAAGCUUCUCAACUCCAUGUUCAGCCUCGCCAGCAAAGGUGGACUGGGAGAAGCAGCAAGCUGGAUCGUAUUGCGCCAGGACUAUUGGGUUGCUCUGGUCAAGUCUCAACCUCUGAGCAUCAACUUGGACAGCUAUAAAGGCUCAAGCUCCUUCGUCGUUUCUGACCCCGAGUGCCUCGCCAACCGCGCCGUCUUUUUGUGCGCGCAAGCCUGCGCCUACGCAUUUCAGCCAACCAUGGUCAGAGACCUCGAUCGAUGGAAUAAACUCAAUCAGGAGCUGGGAAACUGGCUCGUCUCAAACCCUUGGCAUGCGGAUCCUCUUUGGGUAGACCCGCCGCAUGACACCAGUGCCAAUGGAUCUGCUUUCCCAACAGUGUGGAUGACGCAUCCUGCGCAUGUGGUGGGAUACCAACAUUACAGUCUUGCACGCAUGAUCUUACACAUUUUCAACCCAUACCUAAGCAAACCGAGUCUUGAUACCUUUAGGCGGAGAAGGGAGUCAGAGCAAGCAGUUCUGGACAACUUUCGUCUGCUUCUAGGCCUCGCGAUUAGCAAUCCGCUGGUAGUAAACGCCAGCUUUACAGCUGCCCAUGCAUUGAGAGCUUGUGGCAUAUAUCUCACGGACCCCAAAGAGCAACGCGAAAGCCUAGAUUUGCUCGACAAGAUACAUCAACGGACUGGAUGGCGCACGAAGGACUUGGAGGAGAAACUGAACUCUCAGUGGUCACAAGAUAGUUGCAACAGUGCCUUUGGGCAUCUUUUUGCAGAGGCUCGGAAGUGA